CGCAUCAAAGACGCCCACAACACCAAACGACCUCUCCAUAUCUCUUAUAAAGGCAUAGCUCCUCUCUCAUAGCAGCCUCCUCGUUCUGUUAUGCAAGCUUGGCGACGCUUCUUAGUCACAAUCGCUAAGGUCGCAGUGCCAAGUGCCCCCACAGGCCAAUUAGCCACUAACGAGCGAUGGCGUUAUCGGAGCUACGAGUUGCGAAAGGACUAAUGCGACAGGCCUAACGACUAGAGUGUCCAGGAUACAAAAACCAGGCCAUGGAGUGCAUCGCGAAGCCCGUUACACGAACAUCUAGGAGCGUUGCACGCUUGCCGACCGCAUCGUAGUGAUGGCUGACUUAAAAGGUAUCAAAGACGACACACAGAUCGUUGACGAAAGUGGAAGAGGGGCGCCGUAUGAGGCGGAUGUGGGACACGGGGAAUUCAAGCCGCUACAUCGGAAGCUGAAGUCCAGGCAUCUGCAGAUGAUCGCGAUAGGAGGCAUCAUUGGUCCCGGUCUUCUGGUAGGCUCUGGGAAUGCACUUCGUCUCGCAGGGCCGGCAGGUAUCCUGAUCAGCUUCUCUCUUGUUGGUAUCAUUGUCUUCUUUGUUAUGCAAUCACUGGGCGAGCUGGCUACCGUCAUCCCCGUUACUGGCUCAUUCAUCGACUAUGCUUCCCGUUUUUACGACCCUGCUCUUGCCUUUGCCCUUGGCUGGGCAUAUUGGUACCUCUGGCUUACUGUGCUCACCAACGAGUACAACGCCAUCUCGCUCGUCGUUAUGUACUGGACCGACACUGUGCCGCAGUGGGCUUGGAUUAUCAUUUUCUGGACCAUCUUCUUGAGUUUCAGUAUGCUUGGUGUGCUGGCCUACGGAGAAGUAGAGUUCUGGCUCUCCUUGAUCAAGGUCAUAUCCAUCUCCGUCUUCUUUAUCCUGGCGAUCGCAAUCUCAGCAGGAGGUAUCGGACCGCAAAAGAUUGGCUUCAAGUACUGGCAUGACCCCGGUGCGUUUGCAGACUCGAUCAACGGCGUUGCGAGAACAUUCGUUAUCGCAGGCACACUCUAUGCCGGAACGGAAAUGGUUGGUAUCACGGCCGGUGAAUCAGCGAACCCACGCCGUGCGGUACCUCGAGCGAUCAAUCAGGUGUUCUGGCGCAUAUUGAUCUUCUAUGUUGGCAUGAUGUUCUUCAUAGGCAUUCUCAUACCAUACACCGAUUCGCGCCUUCUCGGGAAGGGCUCAAAGGCCGCUGCCUCCCCGCUAACUAUCGCUCUUUCCGACGCGAAUAUCGACCCUGCUGCGCACCUCAUCAACGCUCUCAUCGUCGUCUCGGUCCUCUCUGCUGGGAACUCCUCACUAUAUGUGGCUUCCCGCACCAUUACCCACAUGGCUCGCAACGGCAUGGCGCCGAAGUUCCUUGGCAAAACGGACCAACGCGGCGUCCCGUGGGCGGCCCUUCUCUUCACCAAUGUCUUUGCUUGCAUCGCCUUCCUGUCGCAAUCGUCCUCUGCCGGUACACUGUACAACGCGCUCAUCACCCUGUCCGGCGUCGCGACUUUCAUCGUGUGGGGCGUCAUCGAAUUCGUGCACCUCCGCUUCCGGCAGGCUCUAGUUGCGCAAGGCCAAAGCAUCCACAAUCUUCCCUUCAAGGCGCUGUUGCAUCCGUAUGGCACUUAUGCUUGCUUUGCCGCGAAUAUCUUCCUUAUCUUCUUCCAAGGAUACACCUGCUUCCUCAACCCCUUCUCCGCCCAGGACUUCGUUAUCAACUAUAUCCUUCUUCCCGUCUUCAUUGUCUUCUAUUUCGCGUACAAGUUUUGGAACAAGACGACGAUUGUACGGCCGCAUGAGAUGGAUAUAUGGACUGGGCGCCGUGAGGACAUCAGAAAGAGGGAGGACGCUGAAGGAACCAAGAAAAGCGUUUGGCAUCGGGUCAGGAACGUUGUCGUGGGGUAGUCGCGGGGGAGGAUACUGGAGAAGUAGUUGUUCGACCUUGAAUAUGGCAGAACCAGCAGCAAACCAG